CACGAUAAAUAUUGAGCAUUAGCGUGCGCCAUUAAUAUAUAACAAUCGACUAUUAGGGUUUCGAUACUUUGCACAUAUCGCUAGCUAUAUCUUUCUUUUCCCAAUAGGCUUCCGGUAAUCCGUGAAAGUUAAAAUGAGGACAAUCAACUCCAGCCAGUGUGUCAAAAUACCCAAGGGCAUAAAAGCUUCAGUUAAAGCGCGCGUAGUAAAAAUAACAGGAGCGCGAGGAUGUUUAGUCAGAAGCUUUAAACAUCUGGCGUUGGACAUGUAUAUGGUUGACAAACGUACAUUGAAAGUAGAAAAAUGGUUUGGAGCAAAAAAGGAAUUGGCGUCUGUUCGUACUGUUUGCAGUCAUAUUGAAAAUAUGAUUAAAGGAGUGACAUAUGGAUUUCAAUAUAAAAUGCGUGCUGUCUAUGCUCAUUUUCCAAUUAACUGUGUAACUUCUGAAAACAAUACUGUAAUUGAGAUUCGCAAUUUCCUUGGCGAAAAAUAUAUUCGACGUGUUCAGAUGGCUCCUGGUGUGACAGUAGUAAAUUCCACUGCACAGAAGGAUGAACUAAUUGUGGAAGGUAAUGAUAUAGAAGCUGUUUCUGGUUCAGCAGCUUUGAUUCAGCAGUCAACUACAGUUAAAAACAAGGACAUCCGUAAAUUUUUAGAUGGCCUUUAUGUAUCUGAAAAAACAACUGUUGUUAAAAAAGAAGAUUAAUUGAUCACAAAAUAAAGGUCGUGUGCUAAUUAUAAA